AUGUCCCAGGGUUUCCACCAUGGCAUCUUCAGCUUCCCCAACGGCUUCGGCAGAUCACCGGAGACCGUCGAUUCUCAGGCUCUCGCCGCCCAACAGAGGAGGCGGGAGGGGCUGAGGGUGCAAGGCUUUGAACAAGGGGAGGUGCACAUCUCUGAAUCAGCCGCCACCGCCGCUACCAUGCUGUCAGACAUGUUCGAUUUCCCUCCCGCAGGGGGGAAUUGCGCUGCCGACCUCCUUGCGAACCAGAUACCGAUCAAUUACCGGGUCCAGAGGCCCUCUGCGGCGGCGGGGGCUGCCGCCUUUUCCGGUAACUGGUACACCCCCAAGCCGCAGGGAGGCGACUCUCAGCAGAACGAGUUGACCGAGUUGAAUGCGGACUCGGUCGCGGCGAUGCAUCUGUUCCUGAUGAACCCCCCUCAGAGUCAGCAGAGAGCUCCUCCGCAUCAUCUUCACUCCUUCCAGUCCCCGUCUUUCGUCAACGAGUCCUUCAGAGGGGGGGGCAUGGAAGAUCAAGGGCUGUCUCUAUCCUUGAGCUCUUCUCUACAGCAGCUGGAAAUGGCGCAGCAAGUGGGGUACGUGGGAUCUGUCGGGAUGGGAAACAUGAUCAGGCACCCCAAGUACGCCAAAGCCACCCAGGAGCUUCUCCAAGAGUUCUGCAGUGUGGGAAUGGGCCUGCUGAAGAAAGGAAAGAAAGGGAAGCACUUUGGCUCCCUUUCCACGGAGCCAAACCCUAGCUCCUCCAACGCUGUUGGGGGUUCCGCUGCUGGAACAGCUGCUGCGAAGGAGCCUCCACCUCUCUCUCCAGCUGAGAGGUUUGAGCAUCAGAGGAGGAAGGCCAAGCUGAUCUCCAUUCUCUAUGAGGCAACCUCUCUCUCUCUCUCUCUCUCUCUCUCUCUCUCUCUCUCUCUCUCUCUCUCUUUCUCUUUUCUCAUCUUUGGUUCUCUCGUACUCGGUAAGCAAACUUCUGUCAUCCCUCGGAAACCCCAGGGAGUCGGACUCGAUGAAAGGAGAAUUGUCACGUCUCCAACGCGUAGAAUUCUCUCGUCUUCGAGGUGCGGGGAUGAGAGAAGCUUCUGUGAAUCUUCUAAUGAUUUUCUAACGCUUCGAAAGAUUAUUCAUUAUCGAUAGUUCCCUCCCUUUUAUACAGAAGGUAUAGAGAUUAUCUCAGGCAGUAACCAGGAAACGACGGAUGGAAGAAAUUACCUGUCAAACGUCACCUCAGCCCCCCCUCCUCUCUCUCACCCUCCGCCUAUUCCUCUCACCCUUUCCAGUCUCCUUACCCGCACCCUAUGGCACGUACGAAGGCUUGCUACGAAGGGGAGGGUACAUGGAACGAAUCAUUGGAGCUGUGGACAUGUCGUGGCUUCUGACUUUCUUUAUGUUUUUUGGCACGGAGAUGAAGAUACUCUUCCCGUAUUGAUCAAUAACUCUGAUCUCCUUGAAAAGCUCUCAUUCAUGGCCUCCUUUCACUCUUCUGCUCUUUCUUCGAUAUAUGUAUAUAUAUUAUUAUUAAUCAUACACACGAGUACAUGCGACUGCUUUCCCAUAAUUUUGGCCCUUUUUUCAGGUGGAUAGAAGAUACAGCCACUACACCGAGAAGAUGCAGGCAAUGGUGAGCUCGUUCGACUCGGCCAUGGGGUUCGGCGCAGCGGCACCCUACACGGGUCUGGCGCGGCGGGCCAUGUCCCGUCACUUCCGGUGCCUCAAAGACGCCAUAGCUGCACAGCUGAAGCACGUGGGUCGACUCCUUGGGGAGAAAGAGGGGAGCGGCCCGUCGGCCAUCACCAAGGGGGAGACCCCCAGGCUUCGGCUGGUCGACCAGAUCCUGAGACAGCAGAGAACUUUCAAUCAGUAUGGAGUGGUGGAGCAGGAGUCUUGGAGGCCACAGAGGGGCUUGCCUGAGCGCUCGGUCAACGUCCUCAGAGCUUGGCUCUUCGAGCACUUCCUUCAUCCGUAAGUGUCACCGUCACCGAUACCUCUCCGGAGACAGUAAACCCGCGUUACCCUGGAGAAUUUUUUUCCCUCUUCUGCCUUCUGUUCUUACUCUUCUUCUUCUUCAUCCGCCUAACGCCUAACGCCAAGGAAUUACAUCAAUCCGGGGUUUGACAGUAGGAAGCUGAGAGCACAAUCUCUUGUAGUCUUCUUUUAAACACCACAUCCCCACGGUAGUUGAAGAGAUCGCCGGGGAACUCCUUGUGAGGGGGCAGUGUGUCUUCUCUGGCUUCAUCUCUUUCCAUUUUCUUCAGGUACCCAAGCGACGCAGAUAAGCACUUUCUCGCGAGGCAGACGGGGUUAUCAAGGAGUCAGGUAUGUUCCUGACUGAGCCCCUACGACACGAGAGAGAUUACAAGCAGGAGUCGUAAGAGAAUCAGAUUUUUCUAAGCAUACAGAUAGAUCGAGAGGUUAGAGAGGUAGAGAGAUCAAGAGAGAGAGAGAGAGAGAGAGAGAGAGAGAGAGAGAGAGAGAGAGAGCGACAAAAACUUUGUGAUUUCAGCUUUUUAAGGUUAUUUUUAACAGAUGAUGUGCACCGCAGGUGUCGAAUUGGUUCAUAAACGCGAGGGUCCGGCUGUGGAAACCCAUGGUGGAGGAGAUGUAUCAACGAGAAGCGAACGAGGCGACGGAGGCCGGCGAGGGAGAGACAGCCGCAUCAGAGUCAACAACGCAGCCGCAGCCGCGCCACGAGCGGCCGGAAGACAUGGCAGGGGGGACCGGCCUCCCUCAUCCCCAGCUCGCCAGCCUCAACCGCGGCGGCGUAGUUGGCGACGUCUCCGCGGCCGUUGUGGGCGCGGAGGCAAUUAUGUCGGGGGGAGAAGACGGCGUCCGAGUUGGGAUCUUGGAAGACUACGGCGCCGCCAUGGCGGUGGCCCUUGAGAGGACGGGGACUUCCGGCGACGUGUCACUCACUCUGGGGCUCCGUCAUGCUGGGAGCACGCCCGCAUCGGGACGAUUCACUCUCGCUGACUUCGGAGGCUGCUAG